ACAAACCAACAUCCACACUGCUUUCUAACAGGACCACAGACUCAGAGUCCUCCUUCAGUCCAGAAGGGCUCUUUCAGAUGUGCUACACUGGCUCUAAGAGUGCUGUGCCUCCUGAUGUUAGCUGGGAUCAUCAUCCUGUCCAUAUGCUUUGGUUGGAGUAACAGUCAGUUACAGAGCAGUUAUGAUAAACUGAGUAAAAACCACAGUCAGCUACAGGAAGAAGUGAAGAAGCUGAAGGAGAAGAUAGAAGAGAAGUGUCCUGAUCGAUGGACGAGAUUUGGAAGCAGCUGUUACUUUAAAUCCCAUGAGAGGAAAACUUGGUCUGACAGCAGGAGAGACUGUCAGGAUAAAGGAGCUGAUCUGGUGAUGAUAAACAGCAAAGAGGAACAGGAAUUUAUCAAUGAACUGAACAUGAGAGGAGAGUCCUGGAUUGGUCUGAGAGCCAAACAGACAUCAGGAGGAUAUAAAUGGGAAUGGGUGGACGGAUCAGCUGUGAAUGAAACGUUAUGGCAGGGCAUUCAGGCCGUCACACAGUACAGGCUUGCACCUACCAGCUAUGAUGGAGAUACCACACUUGAGGAGCUGAACAAGUGCUACGCAUGGUUUGAUGAGCUGAACAACACACAAGUGAAGAAAGCCACGCUGAGAGGCUUCACUGAUCAGCUGGCCAAUGUCUUCUCAGACAUUUUCAACUCAUCACUGAGCCAGAUGAUCAUCCCAGCUUGCUUCAACACGACCACCAUCAUUCCGGUGCCGAAGAAAUUCUCAGUAUCCAGCCUGAAUGACUACCGUCAUUCGGAGGGUGUAUUGAGCGGUGUACAAGAUAUUUAUGCUGAACCAGAUCUAUCAACGAAGGUGAGAUACAGCAGAAAGGAGCAGGAGGACAGAGCAGAGUGGGAGCAGAGGGAGGUGGAUACCUACGAGAGUGCAGAUGAGAUCAGAGAUAGUUAUGAUCAUUUUCAGUCACAGGAAGGAGGACCACAGACUCAGAGUCCUCCUUCAGUCCAGAAGGGCUCUUUCAGAUGUGCUACACUGGCUCUAAGAGUGCUGUGCCUCCUGAUGUUAGCUGGGAUCAUCAUCCUGUCCAUAUGCUUUGGUUGGAGUAACAGUCAGUUACAGAGCAGUUAUGAUAAACUGAGUAAAAACCACAGUCAGCUACAGGAAGAAGUGAAGAAGCUGAAGGAGAAGAUAGAAGAGAAGUGUCCUGAUCGAUGGACGAGAUUUGGAAGCAGCUGUUACUUUAAAUCCACUGAGAGUAAAACUUGGUCUGAGAGCAGGAGAGACUGUCAGGAUAAAGGAGCUGAUCUGGUGAUGAUAAACAGCAAAGAGGAACAGGAAUUUGUCAAUGAAUUCGGAGGAUUCUUCUGGAUUGGUCUGACAGCCAAACAGACAUCAGGAGGAUCUAAAUGGGAAUGGGUGGAUGGAUCAGCGCUGACAGAAACGUUCUGGGCAAAGGGACAUGAGAUUCCCAGUUAUGGUUACUAUGGAGUCUGCUGUGACAGUGAUGGGAAAUGGACACAGUCACCUGGAUAUAAUUUUGGUGAUCGUGUUUCAAAGACCUUCAUCUGUGAGAAAUGAGUUUGGUGCUUUAAUGUGAAAUGUAAGAUUGAAAUGUUUGAAUAAUCCAACCAAAGACACCUCACUAUGAAAUGUCCUGCAUGAGCCUCAGACUCAGCUCACAGUUGUUACUUGUUCAUUCUGCAUCAUAUAUUGAUUACAUAUAUUGUCCCUCUGUGCUCUGUGCUGUACAGUAAGGUUAGAAAUCAUCCACACAAAAACUUGAAGUACUUCAUUACUCUGUAGUUCCAGCAAAUUGUUCUAAUACAAGUCAAAGUGCAGCUUGUCUUUACUUUGGUUUACUUGGUUUCUUCAUCAGUCUGUUGGGCCUAAAAUUACAGUAAAUGUCUUGAGUUUCUCUCAAACAGCUGAAAGUAGCUGCUUCUUUUUGUAGUAAAAAUGAGGAACAUUAAAAGAGAUUGAAAUGCAGAAAAAGCAUGUUUGGCAAAUUUCAAAUGUGUGAAUUAGUGAAGAAUAUUGAUUUCUGAUGCAGCAGUAAAGUAAUGGUGUUGAAAUCUGGGCCUGCACCCUCAUGUAAUACCACUUUGAACCACAAGAUGGUACAGUAAGGCAGCAUCUAGUCUGCACUGAGUUCAAACUUGUACUGUUGCUUGCACUACAGCAAACUCUCUGGUUGUAUGCUGCCCGAACAGUUUUAUGUAAUAUUGGCAUGAAAUAUUAAUACUGAAAGGAAUGGAAGCAAUGUCAGAUUUAAAAAGCCUGAACUGUUAAAUGUACCCCUA